CUUCCUUAUAUGGAAGAGGGAUUUCCCUCCAUCUUGGGUAAAGGUCGUACUGAAUGAACUUCACCCUGACACGCCGUAACAGCAUUACAAUCGAGGGGCUCUCGGGGAUUUGUUGGUAUAAAAACACUGAUCGAAUGACAACGUGUAUGUUCUCUUGCACAGAUCUAUUUAGAUUUAAUGUAAAAGGACACUGUGAAAAUGUCUGGAAGUCAAAUAUCAAGUGACGUCCACAGUUCUGCCCAUCAGGUCAGUCACCCAGCCACUGAAAUGGCAUCAUGUCCAUCCAUCUCUCCAUCCACCCAUCCAGCUCGGCAUUCCUCAACACCCCAUGUGUCUGCAUCACGAGCUAGCUAUUUCUCAACUCAUUCACGACCUGAUGAAUCCAGCACCCCAUCAUUCCAUCCUCCAAGUUACUCCUCAGUAAGUCGGUCCAGCAGUGUGUCUCUCCAUCCACCCCACUCAUCAUCCGGUCACCUGCCUCUCUGUCCAUCCAGCCAGACGUCUGUUGGACCAAGCAGCCAUACAACAGCCCAGACGUCUGCCCAAGGGUUGGACAUGUCUGACACACAGUCUGACAUGCAGGAAGAAGAUGUCGCAACUCUCAGACAGAGGCAAGAGGACUUUGUCGGCAUUGAUUCACAGGUGUACCUGAGUUUAGUGUGGCAUGGAGGACGAAUCAGUCUUGCAUAUUACGAUAUUGACACCAUGCUGAUUCAUCUGAUGCUGGACACAGAAGAAACAGACAACUUUUCGAUACUAAAAAGAGCUCUGCAUCAGCUGAGACCGGAGAAAGUUGUUGCAAGUUCAAAGCAGGAUGAGCGCUUGGUGAAGUUUCUCAAGCAAUCACUGUCGUCCCAGCGAGUUGGUGGGAAUGGGGAGGAUGAGACAGAAGUGUUGCAGUUUCUGCCCAAUAUCGACUUUUCUGUUGCAAUCUGCAAACGGAGAAUCCUGUCCAUGAAUCUGCCCACAAUACCCGACCACUACACUGAUAUGGAGCGCACUCUCUACAUGUCAUCACUUGUACCGUUUGAGAAUGUCUGCAUGGUGAGGGCGGCCGGGGGGCUGCUCAAGUUCCUGGAGAAGGCGCGUGUGGGCGUGGAGCUGGAGGACACAGACACCAGGGUGCCAGUGCUGGGCAUACACAUCUUCACACUGGAAGAUCACAUGAUAAUUGAUGACAUUACAUACAGUGCGCUGCAGAUCUUCCACCAAGAGGCCCACCCCUCUGUCUACAAGUCUGGGUCAGGAGCCAAGGAGGGACUCAGUCUGUUUGGCAUCCUGAACCGAUGUAGAUCUCAAAUUGGCAGCAAAAUGUUGAGGUUGUGGUUCCUGCGGCCUCUGCGGAAUGUGGACCUCCUGAAACAGAGACAUGCUGCUAUAGAGUUCUUCAUGCAUGCCAGGAACAUAGAGGUCCUUACAACCCUCUCUGACUGCCUCAAGCAUAUCAAGAAUGUACCAAGGAUCAUAACGCGCAUGCUCCAGGCCCAGGCUUCUGUUGGGGACUGGCAGGCCUUGUAUAAGACUACCUACCAUGCCAUCUACAUCAGGGACCUAUGUCGGGCACAACCUCAACAUAUUGCAGUGUUUAACAAGAUCAGCACAUGUUUCAGUGAAGCUCUCCACAAGAUUGCAACACUCAUCAGCAGGAUUGUUGACUUCGAACAAUCUGCUGUACAAAAUCAUUUUGUGGUCAAGACAAAUGUAGACCCACAACUUGAUGAAAAGAAGAGGACAUACAAUGGACUGCCAGACUUCAUGACUAAAGUUGCUAGAGAGGAACUGAACAGACUAAGUCCAGACAUCGUGGAGUGUAACAUCAUAUACCUGCCACAGAUCGGGUAUUUGCUGGCCAUUCCUCAGACUGGGAACAUGAAAAGACCAGAGGAAUAUGAGAUCGAGGGACUAGAAUUCAUUUUUCUUUCCAAUGAAAUACUUCACUACCGAAGUGCAAGUACAAGGGAGUUGGAUCGCCUGCUGGGUGACACAAUGUGUGACAUAACAGACCAUGAGACCAGCAUCCUGCAUCGCCUGCAGUACAAGAUCUUGGAACACACGGAUGUCCUGUACCUCGUCAUGGAGCAUGCUGCUGAACUUGACUGUUUGAUGGCCUUGGCAACCUGUGCAAGAGAGUUCAACUAUGUGAAACCUGAGCUGGUCAAAGACCCUGUCAUUGACAUAGAGGCUGGGAGACAUCCACUUCAAGAGCUCUGCUGCACUCCCUUUGUGCCUAAUGAUCUUCACAGUGGUGGGAACAGUGGCAAGAUUAAGCUCCUCACAGGUCCGAAUGCUUGUGGAAAAAGUGUCUACCUGAAACAGAUAGCCCUGAUAGUGUACAUGGCCCAGAUUGGCAGCUUCGUGCCGGCAGAGCGUGCUGUGAUAGGGAUGGUUGACCGGAUCUUCACCAGGGUCAAGUCACUGGAGAGUGUGUCACUCGGACUGUCCACCUUCAUGCUGGACAUAAACCAGAUGGCUGAGGCAUUGAGAAGUGCAAAUGAGAGGUCACUGGUGAUUGUUGAUGAAUUUGGAAAGGGCACAGAAACAACAGAUGGCCUCUCUCUGUUGUGUUCGUGUCUGAAGUACUGGCUAGCACAGAGUGCCCUGUGUCCACACAUCCUGAUGUCCACUCACUUCCACAGUCUCGUCCACCAGAACAUGCUGCCCAAGUCAGACCAGCUCCAGUACCUAACAUUAGACACACUACACAAUGGUGAGGAGCUGGUGUUCCUGUACCAGAUUGUUGAAGGACACACUACAUCCAGUUAUGCCAGCCACAUUGCAGCACAAGCAGGAUUGCCACAGGACGUGGUUAACAGGGGAACACAGGUAUCGGCCCUGCUGCGGGAGUGUCGCCCUGUGCACAGGCUGGACACAGGGGACACCACGUCACAGCUCAAGAGAUGUGAGAGAAUGGUCACCCGGUUCCUGCAGCUGGACAUGAUGUCAGAUGAUCUACAGUCCUUCCUCAAAGACUUCAUCCUGCCAGUCAGCAAGGGCAAGCACUGACCAAACCCUUAUCAACCUUUGUCCUGAUCAAGAUGUGCAAACACCAAUCUAAUUAAAAUCAGAUCUUUUACUCUGAGUGAGUGAGUAUGGUUGUCUACCCGACCACCCCCUUUUACUCUGAUACGAUACCUCUCUGCGUGACAAUCUGACAACUCGUUCAUAGCAGGUCUGAGACCUGCAUCACUUCGGGCUUUCCUCCCACAUUAAGCUGACAUGCCACGAUAUAACUGUAAUACUGUAAAAAGCAGUGUUAAGCCCAAUUCACUCACUCACUCACUCACUCACUCAUUUGAGACAAUCAAAUGUCAGCUGUCUGAAGCCACUCAGUUUCAUUUCUUUACUCGUAAAAUUUUUGAUCUCGGCUAAAGAAAACCACCACAGAACACAAAUAUACCCUGGGUAGUACACCCUUUUCUAAAUGUCAUAUUUUGAACUUAUCCUGAUUUACUCCUUUAUGCAUUUACUGCUUUCUUUUGACAGAAAAACGAAGUUGUGUGAGGUCCAGCAGAAGUUGUUCCAACCAGUUUUGAGGCAGACCCUCUCACAUAGAGCCAACAUGACCUUGGAAGUGAUGACGUCACAUUUCUUCACAUUACUGCUUGUCACCAUCCUGACAAGUUGUGUACAAUAAAUAUGUGCAGCUGAUCUUAGUUCAUCCUGUUUGCUUGUCCUUUGUUCAUGACAUAUUUGUGAAUUAUGUCCUUCAUUCGGUUGGUGUUCAUGUUCUACCAUGUAUUUUUGCUAUAACAUUUUGUGACUUUAAUUUUAAACCUUUAACCUCUGUAAAACUUCUGCUUAAAUUGCAGAUUCAUGCUUGCCCGUUGUGUCCUUUGUCAUGGUAAGAAGUCACACAGCACAGCAGACCCUACUUCACACAAGGAGGAUGUUGGACUCUCAGGAAUCUGUUUUACAGGAGACACCGGCCUGAUGUUACGUCCCUGCCGUAUACAUCGGGAUGGGCGCAGACUACACCUCUGAGAACUGUAUUACCCUUGCCCAACUUAAUGCCGGAGAUUCUGCUGUCGCCUCCACGUACCCAGGUGCCAAGCACCGUGCCGCUAUCUAAGCCAUCCAAGGCUCCAUGACAAUGCCACCUUUGAUGUCAGCGUCAGCACCUACUCCUACGCCUCCGGGCCCCCACAACAGUGUCCCCUCAGUUCUUGGCCAAAUACCUGUUGUACCUGUGCUCUUUCCGCAUGGGAUCUAAACGUGGUACUUCGGUUUCGGUGUGGACUUCCGUUCGAGCCUCUCCACGCAGCUUCCUUCUAUAACCUCACCAGAAGAUAAUUUUCCUCUUGGCUUUGGCUUUAGCUAUGGUGGCAAGGGUCAGCGAGCUACAUUACCUGUGUCAAGGUUGGGCGCAGGGAGCUGUUCACCUUGGGUUGUGCUGGGACUUCAUUGCCAAGAAUCAACAUCCAGGACAGCUUGACAGGUGCUUCAACAUCCCACCUCUCUCCUCGAUUGUAGGGAGGAUCUCCAUCUGUGCCCAGAAACGACUUCUCUUUUCCGUCUCCAAGACAUCCAUGACUGAAGUCAGCCGCAAUACAUUAUCCCUAUGGUUAUUUGCCUCAUCCUUCAGGCACAUGAGGCCACUGGCCUUGAUCCUCCCAGAGCCUACAAACCUUAUGAGAUCUGGGCAGUCACCUUUACAAUGGCUCUCCACAGCAGUUGCUUUUUCAAAUUCAUCAUAUCAGACGCCACUAACACCAAUUUCCAACUGUCUGGAGCUGGCCUUUCCUGACUCUUGCAGUGUUCGCAUACCCAACGCUGGGUCUAUAUGCUGGCAGUAUUGGCUUGGUAAGUCAGUGUUUAUAGUCUCUAGCACAUGAUAUUUUCGAUUGCUGCAUUUUACCCGGACGUCCUCAAUCUUUCAUUCUUUCUGCGGACAGGAUUGGCCGAGUGAUUGCAGAUCUUCGCAGGUGAUGGGCAGGACAGCUGCUAAGACAUUCUAGAGGUUUUUUUCUGAGGACCACAUCUGAAUGUAUGCCCACCUUCAUACUGUUUGAUUCAGAUGCUUCAAGAAGUAAUGCAGGAUAAAUUUAAAAAUUUAGUAAAAUCUAAAUAUUUUUUACAUUUAUAUGCUUACCUGCAUUACCACGUCUGAGGGGCCCUCCCGUUGCAGAGCUGUCUCCCCACGAUGUCUUCAGAUGUUAUCUUCAAGCAGUAAUGUGAAGAUACAAGACGUCAUCACUUCCGUGGGCGCUGUGCAAUGGGGUCUGCCUUACAACUGGUUGGAACAACUUCUUCUGCAGCUGCACCUCACACAGCUUUGUUUUUCUGUCAAAAGAAGACAGUAAAUGCAUUAAGGAGUAAGGAAGAAAUGUAAAAAAUAUAUUAAGAUUUUACUAAGAUGUAUAAAUUAUCCAUAAAACAGUGAUAGUGAGGCUUAUUUUUUUGCUUUCACAUUUCCUUGAUUAUAUUCAUUUUCAAGGUAAACAAAAUCAGAUGUGCUUCUCUGAAUGCGUCGCUCACUUGUACCAUGACUUGACGCUGAUAGGAGUGAUUAGAAAGUCACCUGACACAACGUCCUAUUGGGGUGUCCUCAGACUUUCACACAGAGAGGUAUUGUAUUGGAGUAAAAGAUCUUAUGUUAAUGAGAUUGUGCAGACAUAACAACUUUUAAUCUUCUUGUCUCAUGCUGCAGUCAGCAAUUUUUCAGCAGUGGUGUGGCAGCAGCCAGCAGAUAAUCCACUCCAGCUCCUGCUUAGACAAAUCAGUGAUUAUUGAUUGUGUGUCACUGUACCCUGAUGGCAUGGGGUGUUGCUCAUAUCAUCAACCACUGGUUUGUCCUGUUUAAGGCUGCAGUGAUACAGCUGGAAUAGUGUUGACUGUCGUGUAAAACAACAAACACUAACUGUGGACCAGUCUGCUACUUCAGCCACUUGUCAGAAUAACAAGUCUGUCAAAUUUCCAUCUGUCUGUGCUCAACUGAUAACACAAACAUCUGAAAAUAAUGCCAAAGGACAUAUUUGGGGUAGUUGACUAUGGUAUAUGUAUCAGUCUGAAGAGUGUAUGAUUUCAUGGUACCGUAACACAUGCAAAUAUCAAGUUGUAGGUAGCAGAACAGUGUCGCUGAGCUACAUGGGUGAUAUAUUGUUGACACAAUGUACUCAGGUUUUCGAUGGAAAUACUAUUGAUGUCACCGGGUAUCUUUGCUUCAGACAGGCUUUCAUCUAUGCUUAUAACUGUCCUGUUUUAGUUCUAUUGCAUAAAUGAAUGAGAAAUAAGUGAAAGCUCAACUUUUGAUAGGAAUACUCAGUGGAUAGUUUAUGGACAUGUCUUAUUAUUAUUGUUAUAAUAACUUGAAAUGAAGCUGAAAAUGUGUCGGCUCAAUCCAUGGAAAUAUUAAAUACUAUUUGAAUGACAUCUCGAAGUAAUCAGUCACUUUUAACUCCCCCCUGGCAUUACCCAGAAUAUCCCCACCAAAAGUUGUGCAGUAUACUAUGUUAAAGACAUUUAUAGCAAAUUCUGGAAUUUGUAUACUGUUAAGUGAUAUAUACUCAGUCAAAUCUUGUCUUAUACAUGUUAUGUAGUGUAAGUCUGUUGUUGAAUAAAUUAUUUUAAGUAUUG